ACCCAGCCGCCACCAUGAUGCAGAUCUGUGACUCCUACAGCCAAAAACACUCCCUCUUCAACGCCAUGAACCGCUUCAUCGGGGCCGUCAGCAACAUGGACCAGACGGUGAUGGUGCCUAGCCUCCUUCGGGAUGUGCCUCUCUUGCUGGAGGAGCUGGACUCGGGGGGUGGUUGCGUGGAAAGGGAGGCCCAGCUCACCCCCAACGGGGGGCCCUAUUGCUCCCGGAGAGACAUGUACAGCCACUACGUGCUGCUCAAGUCCAUUCGCAACGACAUCGAGUGGGGAGUUCUGCAACAAGCGGCCGAGGAGGCGGCCAGCAGGAAGAAGGACAAGUUGAACGGGGCCCCCGGCUCUGUGGACAUUAGCCGGGGUAUCCCGGAGGAUGAGGAGGUGGAGGAGGAUCUGGAGAAGCAGUUUCAUUACCACUUGAGUGGACUGCACGCGGUGCUCUCCAAACUGACCCGCAAAGCCAACGUGCUCACUAAUAGAUACAAGCAGGAGAUCGGAGCCAACAACUGGGGGCAUUGAUCCAGGGAGGAGGAAUAGGCGGCGGCAGCCUG